AUGAAACUUUUUAUGAAGAAAAUUACUUCAACAAAACCAGUAGAAUCUAAUAUGAAUAAUUGCCGCCCAGUUUUGACUACACAUCCUAUUAAUUUGGACACACCUAUAUUGACAAAAAAUUUAAAUUUAGAAGAAUCGCUCAUAGAAGAUAAAUUUACGAGAACUCCGAUAAUUGAAACCGAAAAAGAGCCCUCAAACACUAAUACGAAUAUUUCAUUAAUGAAUAAUGAAAUUGAAAAAGAGACCACUAACACUCCUACAGAGACUCCUGUAAAAGCUGUUAAUUCUUACAACUCAGACUUAAUACAGUCAAAAAACAAUAAUUCAACACAACCAUGUGAAAUAGUGACAGGAAAUGUAAUUACUACAAAUCAAGAAAAACGCACCUUAAUAGAAAAUUCACUCAUAUUUAAUAGAAUACAUACGUUGCUAUGUAAAAAAACUGAACUUUUUACUCCAAAAGGCCUGGAAAAGACUAAAAUGAAUGGAAAUUUACAACGAGAAAAUAAUAACAACAAAAAUUCCGCAAUUAGAACUCGGCCUAAUGACAUUAAAAAACAUUUAUGGGAUAAGAGGUACUUAUUGUUUUCAAAAUUCGACGAAGGAAUCAUGAUGGACAAUGAAUCAUUUUAUUCAGUUUGUCCUGAAAUUUUAAGUACACACAUAGCGUUAAGAUGUCCAGGCCUACACGUCGCUAUGGAUCCGUUUUGUGGUGCUGGUGGUAACGUCAUCCAAUUGGCCAAAAGAUACAAACAAGUAAUCGCUGUGGAUAACGAUGCUAAUAAAUUGGAAUUCGCGAAAAGAAACGCUGAGAUUUAUGGAGUCAGAGAGAAGAUUACAUUUAUACUGGGAGAUUUCUUUGAAAUCGCAGAAUCCUUAAAAAAAUAUAAGCCACAGGUCAUAGUGACGUCUCCUCCAUGGGGCGGCCCUUCGUAUAAGAAACACGAAGUUUACAGCCUUGAAAAGCAUAUGUGUAGCAACUACGAAGGAGGUGGUAAAAAACUCUUCGACCUGUUGAGAAGUAUUGCUCCCAACGUAGCACUCCACAUACCUAAAACUACAGGUCGAAACGAGUUGAUACAAUUUGGCAAACUAUUCGAUCUAAACAUGGAAAUUCAACAUAAUUAUAUUGACGAUAGACACGAUUCGAUCACUGCGUUUUUCGGCCGCUUUUUCAAUAUGAACACUAAAUACUUAUCCAACGACAACAAACUUUACACUAAUAAAAAAUUCUUGAAGUAUCCAGAAUCAGCUGAUUACUAUUAUUGUUAA